GCGGAGUGGGGGGUACGUUCUUCCGUGGGUCACAUGGCGACCCUGGCUGAGGUGCAGCCAGAGGACUACACACACCCGAUGGUCGACGACGAGGAUGAGGAAGACGAGCCUGAGCCAGAGGAGUGGGGAGCCAGAGCUCAGUCAGCAAUGGCGGCAUAUGAGAUUAGUGCACAGGUUCGUCGCUUCCAGCAGCAGGGUGGUCGUCACCCUGGGGGAGUCGCUGAGGUUUUCGGUGCCAGAGCGGAGAUACUGCUUCCUUAUGACCAUGUGCCUCCGCCGCCAGCAGAGCCGGUGGAGGCGUCGGAGGAGCAGACGGACACGGAGGGCGGUGAGGAUUUCCCAUCUGGUGUAGAUAAGAGUGCGGAGAGAUUCUACUACACGCACGGAGGAGGAGCAGAUGGAUUUUGGCCACGCUGCACAUUCAUUCGGGAGAGUGACGAUGAUUCCAUCCCCACCACCAAUAUAGGGUUGGAGCGUGGACAGCGAGACGCUUCGCGCGCCGCGAGCGGAGUUGGCAGAUGUGGCACGAGUGGAGAUGCUUUAGGCGGGUCUAGUGGUGUACCCCGUGGUGGGUGCAGAGAGAGGGAGGUGACCAGGCUGGACAGCGCGGACGAUGAGGAGCCAUUAUGGCUUCGCAAAGCACGGUUGGCGCAGCACGGAGCCUCGCCUGCCACCGAGGGUCUCAGGAGAUCGCCAAGGCCGCAGCAAACGCUGGCAAGAUCAACUUCAGGUGGUAGACACGAGGCACCCACCAACACCCAACACCCAGUGCCCGAGACGUCGCCCCAGGGAGAUGUAGACUCGGGGUCUGCGAUGGGAGGAGACUUAGGUGCGUCUGAGUAUGGAGAUCCGACCGUGUCCAACGUCGUACUUGGACUGUCUGCGUCGGGCACGUUGCAGCGUGAUCCUGCAGCCACUCAGGAGGCAGUUCCUAUGGACAACGAUUCAGGCGAGUUGGAUGGAGGCCGCAGACCCGAUGAGGAGGUCGAUGAUGGGGCGGGUGAUCCCGACCGUCUUGCACCUGCACACAGUGCCGGUUUAGGUCGAUCGUCACACUGCCCGAUUGGGGGUGACGCAUGUGGCCCUGUACAGGGCGAUGCACAUGUGGACGAGGCCGGAGGCAGUAUGUUGUUGGCGUUGGUGUUGCGUGAUCCUUCACCGGUGGCGCACGAAGAUCCGUCACAUUCUGCGGAGGGUGGAGGUGGUGUUGAUGAAGAGGGGGAGGGCGGUACAGCACAUGACCGUCCUGACCCCGUGAGAGCAGAUAUGGAGGAGGGGCAAAUUACACUGGGCCUACUUGACCCUGUUGAGUUGCAACGUGUGCUAGUGGAGGAUCCGAUUAGCAGGGGACCUGCAGGAUCUCUCGGGGUCGGAGUUCGCUCGCCCCCGCUAUACACACCUAUGAGCCCUCUGUAUUUCGGCUCUCCUACGAGCUUGGAGUGUGAGAAGCAGUGUUCAGAGUCUAGCAUAGCAGUGGCUUUUGGUGCACGUACGACUCGCAUCCCCCCAGUUACAUCUCCUCCGCCGACUACGCUCCUCGGUACUCCGACAACUGUCACAGACAGUAUUGUCGAGAGAGGCCACAUGUCGUCGUCGUCGUCGCCUCACCUAGACACACAACAGUCGCUUCACCGUCCGUGGAACAUAGUGCGACGAGUUGAUGAUGGUGUGAGUGGUGAUUUCACGGCGCAGCAGGCACGGUUGAGGGAGGAGCAGAGGCCGACACCGAGUAUGCAGACCGCUUAUCGCAUUCUCCGGAUUGCCUAGAUACGACGCGCACAGAGACCUACUUUUAGGUUCACGCAUGGUUGCGCCUGCGUUGUACACUUC